GUGGGCCCAGUUCCUCUGCCCCCCUCCAAAUAAAGACACCAGCCCCGCACCAUCUCCUUGCCCCCUUCGCUCCCCUGCAUCUUCAGGGAAAAAGGUGGCAUGAAGACCCUGGAGUGGGAAUUGUGGACUUCUGUGAACUCUGCAACCAAGGGGGGGACGCUGGGAAGAGGACUGUGGCCCAGGAAGGGCGAAGGGCUUGUGUUAUUUUGUUUGGAUUCUCGCUUACCCUGGAAGAGGAGGGAGGACAUUUGUUGGCAUGGUGACUGUGGAGAUCUAUACUGAAUUUUCUACCCAACUGCUGAGGGGAAACUGAGGCAUGGCCCAAGUUAAACUGAGGAACAGACUCACUGGAUGCCAGACAAGAUUCUAGGGCAGCUGGGAGAGGCGCCAAAGCCAGGGACACUGCAGCUGACUGGAACUGAUUCUGCCACGGCUGCAUAGAGCCAUUUCCUGCAGCUGAUGAGAAGGGUCCAAAUUGAUCAGAGCCCAGCACCUGCCACUGCGUCAGUGAGAGGAGAGAUGGGGGAGGAAGUGGAAGCAGAUCCCCUUGAGCAGCCUCUUAACGGCUCCAGAGACUUGAGGAGCGGAGGAGAACCAGUAAUCGGAGCUUCCUUGCCUAGGAACAGGCUGGAGAGAGAUGCUGAGAUGCAGCCUUUCGGUGAUGAUCCAGCUAACUGUAACUUCAGGAAAGCGGCUGUAUCUGAAGGUUGAACUGUAUUCAUUGCCAUAGUCGUGGGCUUGGUGGUAAUCACCAUUGUUGUAGCAGCAGCUUUGGGAGGUCAGCUGGGAGAGGAGCCAAUGCCGGGGACACUGCAGCUGACUGGAACAGACUCUGCCAUGGCCUCCCCCUCUGUUUGUUGGAGAAUGUGGUUGGGCACUACUGCACCUGGACCUUUCUCAGUCUCUGCUUGUGAGAUGGGGCUGCCAGGAUGACAUGCAGUACGGAAGGGCAGCCGGGAGAGGAGCCAAAGCCAGGGACACUGCAGCUGACUGGAACUGACUCUGCCGUGGCUGCGUAGAGCCAUUUCCUGCAGCUGGCUCCAAGUUGAUCAGAGUCCAGCACCCACGGCUGCCUCACUGCAAUGAGAUGCAGGAGGGAGUGGAAGCAGAUCCCCCUGAACAGCCUCUUAACAGCUCCAGAGACUUGAAGAGUGGAGGAGAACGAGAUGCUCCAGCUAACUGUAACUUCAGGAAAGCUGCUAUAUCUAAAGGCCGAGCUGUGUUCAUUGCCAUAGUCGGGGUCUUGGUGGUGAUCAUCAUUGCUUUAGCAGCAGCUUUGGGAGUGGAAAAAUCUAGGCAGCCUCCUCCUUGCCCUACUGCUGCCUGCUGGUGCCCAGACGGCUGGUUCAGGAACCAAGGGAAAUGUUACUAUUUUUCUAAUGCUCCAGGGAACUGGACCUACAGCCAGAGCUUCUGCUCGUCACACGCUGCCUCCCUGGCUGGGAUUGAUAAUCUGCAGGAGCUGGGUUCCCUGCUGCCCUACAAGGGCAAACUGGACCACUGGAUCGGCCUCCGGAAGGACAUGGGCCAGGACUGGAAAUGGGCCAACGGGACCAAGUUUGACCGUCGGUUUCAAAUACAAGGAGGGGCCGACUGUGCGUACCUGGAUGAAGACCUCAAAGUCAUCAGCUCCAGCUGCAGCACAUCAAGAAAAUGGAUCUGCAGUAAAUCUGAUACCCCUAUGAAGGAAGAGGAGCGUGUAGUGGGAGGGGAUUCGUGAACUCAAGGGGAGCGGAGAUCAGACAUGGCAACGCCUGUUUCUGGUCCCCUCCAUGGCCAUAUAUGCUGCAGCCUAUUUACUUGUUGUGAUAUUUCCCCUUUGGUGUUGUCUGGACCAGUGAUCUGCUAGGCCACUGCAAUCCUUGACUCUGGGAACCAGCCUUAUCCUGCUUUGCUGUGAGAACCCCCACUCCUGGGCUGUUCACACACAGCCUCUGGCAUGUAAA